GAAAGCCAGCUAAUAGCAACUUAUAUCUGAAACAACAUGGCUUUGGACAAGCCAUGAUGUUCCCUUACAUAUAUAUAUAUACAUAUAAACAUUGUUCCACCCCUCCCAUAACUUCUCAAGCCACCACGCCUUUCACUUUCGCUUUCCCUAUAAUGGCUUCAAUCUUUUCACCUCUCACCACUAUCUUCUUCUUCUUCAUAGUGCUCUGGGGUGGUGAGGCUCGUGACCCUUUUGCGUGUGACCCAAAGAACGCCGCCACAAGGGGCUUACCCUUUUGCAAGACGUCGCUGACUAUAGCAGAAAGGGUGAAGGACCUGAUUGGAAGGUUGACAGUGGAAGAAAAAGUGAGCUUGCUGGUGAACAAUGCGGCGGCAGUUUCUCGGCUUGGAAUCAAAGGCUAUGAGUGGUGGUCGGAGGCACUGCAUGGGGUCUCAAAUGUGGGCCCCGGAACCAAGUUUGGCGGCCAGUUUCCCGCCGCCACCAGCUUCCCUCAAGUCAUCACCACCGCUGCUUCUUUCAACGCUUCUUUGUGGGAAGCUAUUGGACAGGUGGCCUCCGACGAAGCAAGAGCAAUGUACAACGGAGGAACGGGUGGGCUUACGUACUGGAGCCCAAACGUGAAUAUAUUUAGAGACCCAAGGUGGGGCCGGGGACAGGAGACUCCCGGUGAAGACCCAUUAGUAGCCGGUAAGUAUGCGGCCAGUUACGUGAGGGGAUUACAGGGGAGCGACGGUAACCGGUUGAAGGUGGCUGCCUGUUGCAAACACUUUACGGCUUAUGACCUUGAUAAUUGGAACGGUGUAGAUCGAUUUCACUUCAAUGCAGAGGUUAGCAAGCAGGAUAUGGAGGAGACGUUCAACGUGCCAUUCAGGAUGUGCGUUAAGGAAGGAAACGUGGCGAGUGUGAUGUGUUCUUACAAUAAGGUUAACGGUGUUCCCACCUGUGCCGACCCCGUUCUCCUAAACACUACCGUAAGAGGCCUCUGGGGUCUUAAUGGCUACAUCGUAUCAGACUGUGACUCUGUCGGGGUCUUCUACAAUACCCAACAUUACACGUCAACGCCGGAAGAAGCUGCUGCCGAUGCCAUUAAAGCAGGUUUGGAUUUGGAUUGUGGGCCUUUUCUAGCUCAGCACACCAACAAUGCCGUCAAAAAAGGCCUGUUAAGUGAAGCUGAUGUUAAUGGGGCCUUGGCGAACACAUUGACGGUCCAAAUGAGGUUAGGGAUGUACGAUGGUGAGCCCUCAGGUCAUCCGUAUGGGAAUCUUGGCCCAAGAGAUGUGUGCAGCCCAAGUCACCAACACCUAGCCCUUGAAGCCGCCACACAAGGAAUCGUGCUACUUAAAAACAAAGGCCCUUCUUUGCCUCUCUCCACAAGGACUUAUCGCACCCUGGCUGUUAUUGGGCCCAAUUCUAAUGCCACUGUCACAAUGAUUGGAAACUAUGCAGGUAUUGCUUGCGGAUACACCAGCCCUUUGCAGGGAAUAGGGAAAUAUGCCAAGACUAUUAUUCACGAGAUGGGUUGUGCAAAUGUGGCCUGCAGAGACAACAAGCAAUUCGGGAGAGCUAUAAAUGCAGCCCAACAAGCGGAUGCAACUGUGCUGGUGAUGGGCCUGGAUCAGUCCAUCGAGGCUGAAACUGUGGACAGGGCUGGCCUGCUUCUUCCCGGUCACCAACAAGACCUUGUGUCAAAAGUUGCAUCUGCCUCCAAGGGCCCAACGAUUUUGGUGAUAAUGUCUGGCGGGCCUGUGGAUAUAAGUUUCGCAAAGAAUGACCCUAGAAUUGAAGGAAUUUUGUGGGCCGGUUAUCCUGGUCAAGCUGGUGGUGCUGCCAUUGCAGAUAUCUUGUUUGGAAGAUCUAACCCUGGAGGGAAGUUACCGAUGACAUGGUACCCAGAAGGGUACGUUGAAAAGUUGGCAAUGACAAAUAUGGCAAUGCGAUCAAGGAAAUCGAAAGGGUACCCUGGAAGAACGUACAGAUUUUACAGUGGGCCGGUGGUGUAUCCAUUUGGUUACGGAUUGUCUUACACGAAUUUUGUUGAAACAUUGGCAAGUGCACCCAAAGUGGUAUCAAUUCCCGUGGAUGGGCACCGCCACAAGAAUACCUCCAACAUUGCUAACAAGGCAAUUAAAGUCACACAUGCACGAUGUGCCAAGCUUUCUGUUACCCUUCACGUGGACGUUAAAAAUGUUGGCUCCAGAUAUGGCACUCACACGUUGUUAGUUUUCUCCGCACCACCUCCUUCUAAUGCCCACUGGGCUCCACAUAAGCAACUUGUGGGCUUCCACAAAGUCCAUCUUCCCCCCAUGGCCCAACAACGACUUCGGAUCAACAUUCACGUUUGCAAGCUCCUCAGCCUCGUUGACACCUCCGGUAUUAGAAGAAUUCCAAUGGGCUCUCACACUCUUCACAUCUCUCAUCUUAAACACUCUCUCACUCUUCACCCACUAACUCUUUGAAUUAUCAACUCUUGUAUUUUUUCAACUAUUCAUUCCUACAUACAUACAUUGCCUUUUUCUUCAUAUCCCUCAAAUUCUUUAUAUCACAUGCCUUACAUUCAUUCACACCCAAUAAAACUAACAGGAUUUGGUUGCCAUUUUUAUACUUUUAUCAAAUGUAAUUCUUGUAUUCAAUUGUUUAAUAGCUG